GGCGCGGGCGGGCGGGGGGCGGGCUCCGGGCUCCCCUCCUCCCCAGCCCGCUGCUCGCGCUCCCUCGCCAACUCCGGGCCCCAGCCGCGGGCGGCGCACGGCGGGCGGACAGCAUGCUGAGCCUCCUCGUCUGGAUCCUCACUCUCUCCGAUACUUUCUCCCAAGGAACCCAGACGCGCUUCAGCCAGGAGCCAGCGGACCAGACCGUGGUGGCUGGGCAGCGGGCCGUGCUCCCCUGUGUCCUCCUCAACUACUCGGGGAUCGUGCAAUGGACCAAGGACGGGCUGGCACUGGGCAUGGGUCAGGGCCUCAAAGCCUGGCCGCGGUACCGGGUGGUGGGCUCCGCGGACGCCGGGCAGUACAACCUGGAGAUCACAGACGCCGAGCUCUCCGACGACGCCUCCUACGAGUGCCAGGCCACGGAGGCCGCCCUGCGCUCCCGGAGGGCGAAGCUCACCGUACUCAUCCCCCCAGAAGACACCAGGAUUGAUGAUGGGCCUGUAAUUCUGCUGCAGGCCGGCACCCCCCACAACCUCACCUGCCGAGCCUUCAAUGCCAAGCCUGCUGCCACCAUCAUCUGGUUCCGGGAUGGGACACAGCAGGAGGGUGCUGUGGCCAGCACGGAACUGCUGAAGGAUGGGAAGAGGGAGACCACCAUCAGCCAGCUGCUGAUUAACCCCACAGACCUGGACAUCGGGCGUGUGUUCACCUGCCGCAGCGUGAACGAGGCCAUCCCGACUGGCAAGGAAACAUCCAUCGAGCUGGAUGUCCACCACCCUCCUACGGUGACCUUGUCCAUUGAGCCACAGACGGUGCAGGAGGGCGAGCGUGUCGUCUUCACGUGUCAGGCCACGGCCAACCCCGAAAUCCUGGGCUACAGGUGGGCCAAAGGGGGCUUCCUGAUUGAAGACGCCCAUGAGAGCCGCUACGAGACCAACGUUGAUUAUUCCUUCUUCACGGAGCCAGUGUCCUGUGAGGUUCACAACAAAGUGGGGAGCACCAACGUCAGUACCUUAGUGAACGUGCACUUUGCUCCUCGGAUCGUGGUUGAUCCCAAACCCACCACCACAGACAUCGGCUCUGAUGUGACCCUCACCUGUGUCUGGGUUGGAAACCCUCCCCUCACCCUCACCUGGACCAAAAAAGACUCAAACAUGGGGCCCCGGCCUCCUGGCUCCCCACCCGAGGCUGCUCUCUCUGCCCAGGUCCUGAGUAACAGUAACCAGCUGCUGCUGAAGUCAGUGACGCAGGCAGACGCGGGCACCUACACCUGCCGGGCCAUUGUGCCCCGGAUUGGGGUGGCUGAGCGGGAGGUGCCGCUUUUCGUGAAUGGGCCCCCCAUCAUCUCCAGCGAGGCGGUGCAGUACGCUGUGAGGGGGGAUGGAGGCAAGGUGGAGUGUUUCAUCGGGAGCACGCCACCCCCGGACCGCAUAGCCUGGGCAUGGAAAGAGAACUUCCUGGAGGUGGGGACCCUGGAGCGCUACACAGUGGAGAGGACAAACUCGGGCAGUGGGGUGCUGUCCACGCUCACCAUCAACAACGUCAUGGAGGCCGACUUCCAGACCCACUACAACUGCACUGCCUGGAACAGCUUCGGGCCAGGCACGGCCAUCAUCCAGCUGGAAGAGCGAGAGGUGUUACCGGUGGGCAUCAUCGCCGGGGCCACCAUUGGUGCGGGCAUUCUGCUCAUCUUCUUCUUCAUCGCCCUGGUGUUCUUCCUCUACCGGCGCCGCAAGGGCAGUCGCAAGGAUGUCACCCUGAGGAAGCUGGACAUCAAGGUGGAGACAGUGAACCGCGAGCCACUAACCAUGCACUCUGACCGCGAGGACGACACGGCCAGCGUCUCCACAGCCACCCGAGUCAUGAAGGCCAUCUACUCGUCCUUUAAGGAUGAUGUCGACCUGAAGCAGGACCUGCGCUGUGACACCAUCGACACGCGGGAGGAAUAUGAGAUGAAGGACCCCACCAAUGGCUACUACAAUGUGCGUGCCCACGAAGACCGCCCGUCUUCCAGGGCGGUGCUGUACGCUGACUACCGUGCCCCCGGCCCCGCCCGCUUCGACGGCCGCCCCUCCUCCCGCCUGUCCCACUCCAGUGGCUACGCCCAGCUCAACACCUACAGCCGGGCCCCGGCCUCCGACUACGGCCCUGAGCCCACGCCCCCGGGCCCUGCUGCCCCCGCUGGCACCGAUACCACCAGCCAGCUGUCCUACGAGAACUAUGAGAAGUUCAACUCCCACCCCUUCCCCGGGGCAGCAGGGUACCCCACCUACCGACUGGGCUACCCUCAGGCCCCGCCCUCCGGCCUGGAGCGGACCCCUUAUGAGGCGUAUGACCCCAUCGGCAAGUAUGCCACGGCCACGCGAUUCUCUUACACCUCCCAGCACUCGGACUACGGCCAGCGGUUCCAGCAGCGCAUGCAGACUCACGUGUAGGGCCGCGCCUGGCCGGGCCUCUCUGCGGGCAGAGGAGAAGGGCUCCCAGCUUUCCCUGAUAUUCAGGGGCAUUGCUCCUCACUCCGGCCCGGACCGCCUUGCUCUUCCUGCUGUGGCAGGUGGGGAGCAGGUCUCCCGGAAACACCCCUUCCCGAGGAUGGUGCUGUGUGUGCACCCCACCUCCUGGGCCUGCCGUCCCUCUUCUUCGGGAGGAUGUGUCUCUUCUGACCUGUGGCCUCUCCUGGUCCGGCAUGGGGACAGGAAGCGAAGGUUGUGGAGAGCAGAGGGUUUCAGCAUUCCCUUUCUACCCCAGCCCUCUGGUCUCCUGUAAGUGGACAAGGGGUCGGUGACUGGAGAUGUGCGGGCGUGGGCCUGGGGGUGGACCUGUUGGCGGGGGCUCUGGCCCAGACAGACAGCAGCAGGAUGGCCCACAGGCUCCUGGCCGACUGAUUCGUGCCCUAGGUGUGUCUCUUCCUCUUUGGGACUGCAGAGGACCUUGGCUUUAUCUUAGCUGUCCACAGGCAGCACCGAGGCCAGAUCCAACCCCCAUUCAGCAUGUGCCGGUCAUCCUGACUGCCCACCAUGGACUCCUGUCCAACACGUGCUGGAGUAGCCAGGUAUCACUGGUCAUGCCGCCCCUUCCCUUCCCUUCCACGCUGCCCCAGAUAAGUCGGGGGCUGUGGUGAGGAAAGGCCAGGAGCCAUGUCCCUGUUCACCAGCAAGACAGCAGGAUGCUGCACAGUGGUUUCCAGAACCCGUACCAGAGGGACUCCAUCCAAGCUCCCUCCUCUCUCUGAUCUGCCCUGCUUCCUAGCCUCCUUUCAAGCCUGCUGAGUGGGGUGAGGGGGAGGGUGCUAUAGGCUAUUUCUCAAAGACAGCAAAAAACCUUGAAAACCUCAUUAGGAAAAAAAAAACAAAACCCAACAGCUGUAGGGGCCCCCCAACCAAAUGCAAAUCCCAGUGGAAAGGAAAUGAACACCUGUCUUCUCUGCCAGAUUCCUAACACUGUCCAUUGUUCUGGGCCUCCGAGCACUUUGAAUCCACACUGAAACAUUCAGGUGGUGAGACCUGUCUCCCCAUGGGUUCCAAAGGACUUAGGGAGGGGGCCCUGCUCCCAGACUCUGCUGCCUAUCCUGGGGCCCAUCAGCUAGCUGGAGGCCACCUCGUGGGGGGCAUGGGCAAUGUUCCCUAGCCAGGUUUGGGUUGUUCUGUAUCUUUUUCUUUUUUGACCACUCAGAUUCCUUCUUCUACUUUCAGUGCCUUGAGUGUCCAGCUUCUGUUGGCCAGCCCCGUGCGGGCAGUUGUACAGAGUGGGCACUUGUGAGUCCCAGACACACUGUCAGGUGUUGCAGUUUAGGGCUCAGGUGGGUAAGGGGGCUGGUAAGAGGAAGGCCCGCCAGGUGAGGUGAACAGAAGGGCACAGCAGGCAGCUGUGGCUGCUCCCGCCAGGGCACUCACGCGCGUGCCACCGGCCGGUCUCAGCCACCACCUUCUGACCAAAGAGAACCGGCACUGUCCUGCCCUGGGCUCACUUCCCAAGCAGCAGAGUCCACGCUCCCUCUUCUGGCCCGGCCGGGAUGUGCUCUUCCUACACCUGACGCCUUCGUGCUAGGUUCUUUUUUGUGAGCUUAGUAAGAAGGCUGUUCCGGAUACAGGUCCCGGUGCAGGUGAAUUCACCCCCCCCCCUUUUUUUUUUUUUUUUUUUUUUUUUUCACAAAGACCGGAAGCCAGGAGUGACCCAAGUGACCCAAACAGAUAAGGUCUAAAGAUGGUGGCUUUUUAAAUAGUUCCCCCAAAAUACUCACUUUUGUUUCAGAUUUGGGCACAUUCUCACAUUCUCUCCUUUCUCUUUCUUCCUUUUGGUUUUAGUGUUGGGGCUGUUGUGUUGAAAUGAUGGAGAGGAGGGGCCCAAGGUAGUAAGGUAACCCAGCCAGUGAGCAUUAGUUUGGGAAGCCUUAUUUCAGAGCUACUGUACUUUUACUGUGUCUUCAACAUUACCCGGGCCUGGUGGUGUCACGCAGGCGCCAGGUGGAGAACAGAGGCAGUAGCCACUGGCAGUCCCUGCAGCCACCUCUGUGUUCUGACCUGUGUGCCCCUGUGUUCUGACCUGAACCUGAAAUGGGACAUGCCAGCUAGACACACAGAAGUGGCAGGUGCUCUCGGACCUAGAUCUGUACUGCCUGAGGCCAGAGUCCCCCAGAAAGGUCGUCGUGCUCCAUGUGGUUGCCUGGAGACCCUGCCUGCCUUUCAUGUGCUUGCUUCAGAGGGAGAGUAAGGGCUGAGUCAGGAGCCCUGCGAGCCAGGGUAAGCUGCUGUUUACCAGGCCGUUGGCCUGGCCUCUUCACUUCCACUGCCCCCAGUUCUCCAGCCUGCAAGUCUAGAAUUAUGCUGUUACCACUGCAUUCGUUUGGUGAGUGAAGGGGCCUGGUCAUGCCUGCAGGGAGUUGGGAAUGUCAGUGAGCAGGGUGAGGUAUGAGAGAGUUGAAAGGUUCUCUUGAAAGAAGCUUUCACCUUGGCCUUCACCACCUACCUAGUAGGAAAGUCAAGUAGUUUCCACUCAGAGCCCGUUUUUCCCUUCGAGCAGCCAGAAGCACACCCUCAGCCUCAGUGUGAAGUGACCAUGGGGUGGUCCUUUGGCCUUUCAGUAGCUGCUGCUCCCCACUUGGAGUCUCAUUUCUGAGAGGCAUCUGCGCCAGGGUAGGGUGCUGCGCCUGCACUGCCUGCUGCGGGAGCCGACAGCUUCCUCUGUGAGGAGAGACCGGGCGCCACCUCCCUGCCACCCUGCAGCAUCCCCAGGGGCAGGCCCGUGCACGGAGCAGCUCAUGCCUCUGCGAAGGGGCAGGUGUGAAGGGCAGCUGCAAAGGGAGGAGGGCACAGCCAUUCUGACGAAUUCUGGAUCUUUCUUGGAGAAAUGCUUGCGAUUCUGGAUGAACCUUUCCUCAUGGACUGUCCAGUUUGAAUCCGAAAGCUGAACCCUCUAAGUCCAGCCAUCGUUUGUGUGAAGCUAAGCACGAGUCUGAAAGGAGGGUGGGCAGGGACAGGUGCCAUGACAGGUGUGCUCAUCAUUCUGGCUUGGGCUGAACGAGGUUAGCCUGACCCACGUCCAGCACUGAGCCCUCCCUGCCCCAGUGGUGCUGCUUCCCUCGUGGUUGUAGGGUGACCUUCUUGCUCUGAGCACAGAGCACAUACCUGGUAUCUCUGGCCUCCUGCCCCUCAUAACCAGUGGGCACUCUGAAAAGGAGCCACAGUCUUUCAAAUGGAACCAAGGUCUUGGUACUUGACCAUACAGCAAUGUGGGCCAUUCAGGUUUGCAGGAAAACCCACUGUGCACGCCUGUCCCCUCUGCUGUACCUCCCAUGCCAUGCCAGUUUCGGAAACCCUGGCUUCCCACCAUUUGGGGCUGUGCGCCCUAAGCCAGGCCACUGUUCUGUGCCUCUGUGGGCCCAGCCGCAUGUUGCAGAAGUCAUCUGCAAGGCAUUCGUGAUGCUCCUGGCCCGGAAGGGGGUCCCGGGAGGAGGCGGUAACGCAGCACCAAAGUGCACAGACCAAGGGAUGUAAUUGGAAAUGCAUUUAUUUUUGUGAAGAGGCUAUACAGUGAGCAUUUAGGUAUCCCAUUAUCCCAUUUCCUUCUCCCACACCUCCCUUCAUGGGAUCACGCCUCCAUCCUAGAGACCAGCUCUGGCCUCCCUUGGAUCUGCAUGGUCCUGAUUUCAGCCUUGUGCUGGGGGAGCUGUGGGGAAGGGAGUGGAU